UCUUUAAACGAAUCAAACCAUUGAAUCAACAUCGGCUCAGUUCUCCAUCCCCAUAUUCGUCCUUUCACUUCUAACUCCAGCUUCCAUGGCUCCCGCUGCUCCAAGAUCUGGAGAUGCUAUAUUCGCUAACGUUGAGCGCGUGAAUGCGGAACUGUUCACACUAACCUAUGGUGCGAUCGUGCGUCAACUGCUUACGGAUCUGGAGGAGGUUGAAGAAGUCAACAAACAGCUCGAUCAAAUGGGUUAUAAUAUUGGAAUUCGAUUGAUUGAUGAGUUUCUAGCAAAAUCUAACGUCUCCAGAUGCGUCGACUUCAAGGAGACAGCUGAAGCAAUUGCAAAGGUUGGUUUCAAAAUGUUCUUGGGGGUCACUGCAUCAGUGACCAAUUGGGAUGCUGAUGGUACAAGUUGCAGUCUUGUUUUGGAGGAUAAUCCCCUGGUAGAUUUUGUCGAGCUUCCUGAUACUUGUCAAGGUCUGUACUACUGCAACAUCUUGAGUGGAAUUGUUAGAGGAGCUCUAGAAAUGGCCUGUGAAUUUGUGAGAUUGUAGGAAGUGUCAUUUCUAUAUAACUUAGAUUACAUCACAUGGUGGAAUUUGUUUUGGUCAAAAGAGGCAUGGGAUAAAAGAUCCUAUGAAGGGAGGUGACACCAGUGGGUGAAUCCAACAAGCUUAGCAAUCAUUUUCACACCUAAGGUGAUGAACAAGAAUGAAAGCAUGUCCUCCAUUCUAAGAAGUUUCCAUUCUAGGCCUUGUUGUUGAUAUGGUGUACUAUUUAGUUGUUUUGCCAAGAGAACCAUUAAAUUUAACAAUGUCAUUCUCUGAAUAUGUUUUUUAAUUAUCUCUACUUUGCCAAAGAUUUGUUAAUGGGUUGUGAGAACAAAUACGUUAAUGCAUAGUAACUGCUUAAUUUUCCUCAAGUCUCUGCGCCUAUGGUCUUGGCACAAUCCUGGCGAAUGAACCCUUUACUUUGGGCUUAUGCUUUUCCCAUUUUUCUCUGUUUUUUUACCCUAGUUAAGGGAGGUCCAUUUUAAUGACCUUUGUAUUGGGAUUUGCCCCCCAUUUCUGGUCUAUGUGCAAACAAGCACACUUUUUGCCUAUGAAAAAUGGUAUUCAUCCUGAGGGUGAGGGGUGGAUAGUGCCUUUGGUUUUUCCGCCAUUUCUGGUCUAUAUGCAUAUAUGCACACUUUUUGCCUGUGAAAUACGGUAUUAAUCCUGAGGUACAUUAGAACAAGUAUAGGGUUUAUGUCGUUUGCUGUUAAUGGAAUGGAUUUGUUACCAAAAUAAUCAUUUAUUUCUUUGUUAGUCCACAUGUUUCCUUUCCAUUACUCUUUCCUAGGAGUGGGGUUGGGUUGAGGUGGAAGAAGUCAUAUGCAUUGUAAAGGGAAAAUUGACUGUUCAUUGUUUGAGAUGUCCCAAGUUAAGAACAUGCUCCAAUUAAUUUAACUCCUUCAAUGCUUUACAAUUUCUGUGGUACCUAAGAACUUAAUUCCUGUCCUUGUUUAUAAUGAUAGUGGUUUUCG